AUGAAAAUUCAGAUGAACGAUAUCCUGGUGCUUUGUUUCUUCACGAUGCUCUUCUUAGGAAUAGUUGGAGGUAUUAAAUGCCUUGGAUGUGCUAACGUUGGACCUGAUAACAAGUGUAAAACAAAGCCAUACGAGUGCAGUGCUAGCAAACAGCGAUUCUGCUUCACAAAAAAAAUUUCUAAAUUGCAAAAAAUUGUGAAAAUCCAAAGAGGUUGCACCUCAUUUUGCAGAAGUGAGUCCCGGAUUAAAUACGGCUACAUAGUUAAUACCUGGUGCUGCUAUAGAGAUUACUGUAACAAACUAAAUGUCUGGUACUAAACAUGUGUUAUUCAUAACAUGUGGCAGUGUAAUGACCUCGUCCUUCAAACAGUCUCCAAUAUGAAAUUGCUAAAUUGGAAUUCCUCAGUAAAUGUUAAUUGUGUUACUCAUUGUUAAAUUAGAUUAACCACCGGUGUUACAAAUGUGUCUAGUUUUAUCAUAGAAAGGUGAUUGUCUCUUUCACUUGUAGCCUUUUAACCUCACCAUUCACAGUAUUUUUUGCUUCGUAUCUAUGGGUGUGUGUCUGUUGAUUGAGUUCAUGGAUCUGAUGAAGCAUCUUACAGGCCAUCAAAGCUUUUUCCACAAAGAAUCUGUUAGCCUAAGAAGCAACAAGAUUUUAUGCCUGAACAUUAUUAUAUUGGCAGCGAAGGAUGAAAUAGUGGCUAUUUGCAUUGGAGUAAAUAUAGGUUUCAUGAUAAUUUUGGAACAUGCUGGUGUAUAUUGUCAUUCCAGUGGUCUGUUUGUGACUGUAUCUCAAUCAGCAGCCUGGGCCAGUGGGGAGGGAAAUGUUGGUUUUAGGCAAAUUUGUUCUCACCUAUGCUACUGUCUUUCAGUUCUUACCUGUUUAAUAGUAGGCAAAUACAAGCAUGCUUUUCAGUGAGCCAUGUGCAGGCAAAAAAGUGAAUAAUAAUUUUUUUAAAAUGCUAUUAGUAAUGGAAUAAAGUCCAGUUUGUCAUUGUUGAUAUCUAGCAAUGGACCGGCAACGCUGCCUUCCCUCAAAAAAACCUGCGUAUUCUCUAGUUGAUUGAAUUCAAUAAAAAUAGAUUGCCAAAGAAAUUGUACCUGUUCAUCUAGUGCAGUGUUAGCGUGCGCACUUCUGGUGAGCUGGUAUCUGAAUGGGCUGGUAUCUGGAAAAACUCCGCUUCGC